UAACAUGGCAGAUCGAUUUGUGUUGUAUUAUCAUGUGACGGAUAAACUAACGCGUUAAAUGUUAAACCAUUGGUGUAUUUAAUUGUUGUUACUUAACCAGAAACAGUGUUGAUAUACGCAAAUCGUGAAUUAAAGUGUGUUUAAUAAUGGCGGACAUUAAAAGUCCACCUUUCAGUGACAUAAAGAGACCGGAGGAGGUGGUGGCGAUGGCGAUGAACGACAGCUUAAAAUUUGCCGUGUUGAUCGGUUUAAUCGAGGUUGGACAGGUGUCUAAUCGCGAAGUAGUCAACACCGUACUUCACCUGCUUGUCGGUGGAGAGUUCGAUAUGGAGCUGAAUUUCGUCAUUCAGGAUGCCCAGAACAUCAGGCACAUGCUCGAACUACUCGAUCACUGUCCGCCCAACCUCCAGUAGUAGACUUGGAUGGACUAUACAGGGAUGAAAUGGUCGAGGAGUUCGUGAACAUGCAGUGUCAAGGGGAACAACUCAAUAUCAUGUCAUCCGCUGUCUUCUCUGCAGUUAUAUUCCAAAACAAUGAGAUAGGACAAAUGUUUUCAAAUCGAAUCCUGUACGCUGACAGAAGAGUUUAGUUAAUGUCAAUAGUACUGCUGAAUUAGAAUCAAUUAAAUAUUCAUUAAUAGUU